AUGCUCACAGCGAAUGGAAUCUUUGCGCGUUUUACCGCUAUGUCGGCACAUCUUUCUAUUCUGAUUAUGAUCUUCAAGGAAUUCGAUCAAUAUGUUGAUUAUUGUAGUUCGAACGAUCGAUCAGCAAUUCGUAAUCAAUUUAUCGUUGCACUAUCGUUAUCGAUUGCAUUGCUUGUUUUCGAAUUGAUUAUAUUUUUACUUGGAACGAGUUUACUUCGAAACAAAGUGACAUUUGCGACAACCUUAUUUCAUUCAGCUGGCGCCAUUGCACUCGCAUUCAUGGUUUUUACUCGUUGGUGUAGUGUUUCAUUCUGGCCCAUAUUUGCUAUUUGCAGUUUCAUUCCAUUUUUCAUUGAAGUUGUCAAUGCAAUUGGCCAUAACAUUACCAAUUAA